UAUUGUAGCUGAAGCAUGCGGCUGAUAAACAUUAACAUUGGCGCUGCCGUCGCCGUCGCUGUCGACGCUGUCGUCAUCGUCUUGGCAGUAGCUUCGCUCUUGCCUAUAAUAAGUGCCAAUGAUUCGUCAAACAGAGAACUUAGUGAUCCGUCGACAAUCAAGCUAAGUGAAAGCACAAUUUUGAGUGCUGCUAAUUUGCAUAUUGAUCAAAGCAAAAUAAUGGAUGUCACAUACGAACAAGUGAAAGAUGUGCCCAACCAUCCAGAGGUCUAUUUGAUCGAUGUACGCAAUCCGGAGGAGCUGACGGCUACUGGCAGCAUCCCCUCCAGCCUCAAUGUGCCCUUACCUGAAUUGGAAGCCGCUUUAAAGUCCGAGUCUGAGGAGUUCGAAAAGAAAUAUGGACGGGCAAAGCCUGCGAACGAUGCAAACAUCAUAUUCACAUGUCGCUCGGGCAGACGUGCCCAGGAGGCUGCAGAGAUUGCCAAGACUGCGGGCUUUACCAACUUGAGCGUCUAUCGCGGCUCCUGGCUGGAAUGGGCCGAGAAGGAGGGUCUUCCACAGUGAGAUCCAAAAAGCUAAGCAUUUCCUCACUCUUUGGCUUGUUCUAUAAUUUAAUUGCAAUUUAUUAACUACUUAUAUACGCUACACAUUUAUUUAAAGAAUAUAUACGGUUGCGGAAUAAAUUUGACUAUUAAAGCAAUAAUUAUAAACAAGUUUUAGGCACACGGUUAAAUUCGUUAAUAUGAAAAACAGAAAUGACAGCUGUAGAUGUGGUGGUUGAUUGACUGUAGUAUGAUUAUAUUUGUGCACUUAUAAUUUUAACAAGAUGUAAUAA